AUGAGUCUCGGAGAAAGCGAAGGGCAAUGCAGUAGUUGUAUAGAGCUACGGUGUCCACCAGGUACACCAGGUCCACCAGGAAUGGAUGGGGAAGAUGGCAUAGAUGGUGAACCUGGAAGGCCUGGAAAACCUGGACUGGAUGGAUUGGAUAUUCCGCUGGAACCAGAACCUAGUUCACCCUGCGUCAUUUGUCCAGCGGGACCGCCAGGAAAUAGAGGACGACAAGGAGAGCCAGGAAGGCCUGGAAUACCCGGUGAACCAGGUCAUCAUGGUAUGCCUGGAAGACCAGGCAAAGGAGGUAGAGUAGGUGAUCCUGGUCUACCUGGUCCUCUUGGUGAAGAGGGUGAGCCCGGCAUUAAGGGUCCACCUGGUGAUGAUGCAAUUGGUGGGACAGGAAUCAAAGGUCCGCCGGGACCACAAGGACCUCGUGGACCGAAAGGUCCACCAGGACCAAAUGGGGUACCAUCUAGCAAUUUUGGACCACCAGGACCUCCUGGUGAAAUGGGACCAACCGGACCACCCGGUAAACGAGGUGAACCAGGACCUAAUGGACCAGUUGGCCUACCUGGAGAGCGUGGCGAACCUGGAGGACAUUGUAAAUCGUCGUGUGGUAUUCAAGAAGUUGUAGCGCCAUCAAUUAUUGAAUUAGAUAUUUAUGAUCCGAAAGAAGAUGCAAAGCGUAACUGGAAAGUAACCGGAAAAAAUUAUAGACAUAAGUAG